UCCUGCCUCCCAAUUGCUGGUAUCCCUGUAUAGGUCUUCUAAGUGACUUUUUUUCUGAGCCUGUUGUAAAACCUGUUUUUUUUGUUUGUUUUUUUUUGUUUUUUUAGAGGUGGGGCUUAUAUUCUUACAUAUUUAAAGCGAAACGUGUGAGUUUCUGUACUUUACCUUUCAUCAAAUUAACAUUUUCCAGAGAGGUUUUGUAAAAGUCAUUUUUUUAGUCCUGGUGUUUUGUUUUGUUUUGUUUUGUUUUGUUUUGUUUUGUUUUAAUUUCAAAGGUCCAGUUCAGUUAUAGAUUGCUUUAUUGUAAGGUGAUUUUUAGUAAUAUUUUUUAUCAUCAGUGUCUAUGGCUAUCAGUGUAAACUGGUUAUGAUUCAAAUUAAUGAUUCACAGGUUUUUUUUAUUUCAUUUCAACUUCCUAUCACCUCCACUGAUUUAUGAUUGUAUUCUCCUAUUGCUCGCUUUAUUUCUAAUGUUCAUAUUUGACACUGUUGAUUGAAUAGCAUACUUGCUCUAGCUCUGUUUCUUAUCCACAGUACAUAUGUACACACACUCACACAUGUACACUUGCACACGUCUAAGCUUUUCUCUGAGCAUGAAAGAAUUCUGUUUUUAUUUUUUGUGGCUGGUAAUAUUUUUCAAUCAUGUUGAUUAUUUCACCUUUGUCUCAUUUAUUUAUCCCAUCAAAACAAGAUAUAGUGACUAUCUUUUAAAUACUAGACUGUCUUGGGAGAGGAAAUGUAGAACACACAUUUUUUUGUUAAGUUCUAGACAUCUUUUCUGUUUCUACAGUGAAGAAAUACUGAUAUUAUUUCCUUUUAUUCCUUUACCUGUAAUUUAAUGUCUGUGUGUGUAUUGUUAAUUUUUUUUUAGUGUAGUAAAUUCCCUUAGGGAAAUAACUUCAUGUUGAUCCAGUGCUUCUCAAAAAGUUGUUUUCAAAUCUGCUAAAAAUGCUCACAUUUUUCAGAUUUAUUCAUAUGGAAUAGUUUGUGAAUGUAAGAAACAGAGUGGGAAUUUAGACUUUAUCAGAUUCCUUCUUUAUUUCAUUUGUAAACUCAUUUUUGUAUUAACUAUAAGUAUACUCAAUUCUUAUAUUCAGAACCAACUUGUUAUUGAAGCCCUGAUAGUUACCUACUAACAUAAGUGUUAUGUGAAGCAAUGUCUAGGGAAGUUAAGGAGGGAAAGGAAACUGAUUUAGGGUAUUUGGUCAAAGGAAUUAUCUCCAUAGUCAAUUCAGCUCAUCACUCUCACACCACUUUUGGGUAUUUGGCCCAAAUUACUUGCAUAUUUAUGUUUCCUUUCAAGUUUUCCUUUUCAUUUUGGAAUUGACCUUAUUAUAAUUAACUAUAAAUUGAGUAUCUAGUGCUUGUGUGAAAAGAAUUUCAACUGUGGGAAAGGGGAGUCCUGCAACAGAUGCCUAAGUUUGUAUUGAAGUCAAGAAAAGUGUGAGAUUGUUUUGAGCAUCUAGGGCUAGAAUUUAUGCUUGUGGAAUUCCAAACUGAGAAAAAAAAGAUUUAAGGCAUGUUACUUGAACUGAAAUUAGAUGAAUAAAAAGAAUAUGAGGUGUUUGUUGAAAGAGAGAGGCUGUUCCAUAUUUUUUUAACAUAGUUUGAACUAGUUAGGAGUUGUCAACCAUGAUCUUAGAGAAUAAAAAGGAAAGGCUGGUUUUGACACUUGAGAUUAAGAAGGUUAUUUUGAUUAGAGGUAGCGGGAAAGUUAUGUUGAGAUGCAACAUAUGGGGCAGUUAAAUAAAAGGAUAAAAUUAAAACACUUACAUUUCAUGUCAUUAAAUGUCUAUGGUAACCUACUAGGGUAUACUCUUUAUGAUUAAAGUGUAAAACACUUAAUAAUCCUUUUCAUAAAUCUUAUUUAUAAUUAACAAGGGAAACUGUAUGGUAUUGGCCAUCCUUAUCUUGAGUAAAACCCUACCUUUGAUCUCACCUCCAGUUUCCUCUGAUGAAAGGAGGAGGAAAAUUAAAUGCAUAGCAGAUUGAAGAUAAUACUGGGUGUCACUUCAUGGCUGUCACAAUUUCCCCAUACCACUUGGUGGGGCUAUUUUUCCACAUGGUCUUUGUUUUAAGUCUGGAGAGAAGACUUUGCUUUGUUCUUCGAAUAUGUGUAUUGCCUCUGAUUAGAAAAAGACAAACUUUUCUCAUUACUGAAUUAAUGGCUCUUCUAUAGGAUUUCAUCUCUAGGGAAACUUAUUUGGUAGUAAACAGUGGAAAAUAGAUCUGUCCAAAACUCCUAAACUGACUCAUUUCCUAUACAUCAGUACAACAUAUGUAUCGGAAUACCGAAUCCCAUUAUUAAAAGGCUUCUGACUGCAGUUUUCUAAAUAGACUCCAAGCGCCGCUGUUGGCCAAUGCGCUGCCAGAGCUGGAGUCCAAUAUCUACCCAUGUGAUUUUCUGCACGGUCACAGAAGCAAGUCGGCAAGGAGAGUAGCGGGAACUCAGGCUCUCUGCUCGGCAUAUCUGAUUACGGAUUACGGGCUGCGAUGUCUUCAAACUGGGAGCGUUGAGUUUUCUCCGUGGUCGACGUAGACAUUUUGAACGCAAUUUGUGAAUCAUCUUCUCUUAACGUCUGGGGCUAUAGCAGCGCAGAGAAGGAUGGGAAAUAGGGCGGAGCAGAGGAGCAGUACCUGGCGGCGGCGGCGGCAAGUACUCUUUUCUUUCUUGCUGCCUUUGUUACGCGGAGCGCUCUCCGAGCAGAUCCGCUACUCUAUUCCAGAAGAAAUGGCCAGAGGCUCAGUGGUGGGGAAUGUCGCUGAGGACCUGGGGUUGCCUGUACGGGAUUUAUUGACCCGCAACCUCAGAGUUAGCGCAGAGAAACAAUACUUAACUGUGAACACGGAGAAUGGAAAUUUACUUGUGAGUGACAGAAUAGAUCGGGAGUCACUCUGCCCGCAAAACCCUCUCUGUGUCGUGACUUUAGAGAUUGUAGCAGAGAAUCCUCUAAAUGUUUUUCACAUAAACGUGAUGAUAGAAGAUGUAAAUGACAACCCACCUCAUUUCCCCCAAAAUAGCAUUGUUUUACAAAUCAACGAACUUGCAAUUCCAGGAACUCGGUUUGGCUUGGAAUCAGCUAUAGAUGCAGAUGUAGGGCCUAAUUCUCUCCAGACUUACCAGCUCAGCUACAGUGAGUAUUUCUCUCUGAUGGUUGAGGAUAAGACUGAAGGCAAGAAUGUCCCAGAAUUAGUAUUGGAGAAGCCGCUGGACCGGGAACAACAGAGCUCCCAUCUCCUGGUCCUGACAGCAGUGGACGGGGGUGAUCCCAUCCAAACUGGCACCACUCAAAUCAGGAUCAAGGUCACUGAUGCCAAUGAUAACCCGCCAGUGUUCAGUCAAGACGUGUACAAAGUUAGCCUGCGUGAGAACUCGCCCCCAGGCACCUCUGUUCUAAAGGUGAAAGCCACAGACCAAGACGAGGGCAUAAAUGCAGAGAUCGCCUACUCCUUCAAAACACCGCGAGAUAUUGGAAAAAUGUUUGUGCUAGAUCAUCAAAGUGGAGAAAUUAAAUCCAAAGACCCUACAGACUUUGAAAUCAGUAGCAGUUAUACCAUAAGCAUAGAGGCCAAGGAUGGCGGAGGCAUGGCCACCGAGUGUAAAAUUAUACUGGAAAUUUUAGAUGAGAACGACAAUGCCCCAGAGGUGGUUUUCACAUCAGUGUCUAGUUCCAUAACUGAGGAUACCAAACCUGGAACCGUGAUUGCUCUGUUCAAAACACAUGAUAAAGAUUCGGGAGAAAAUGGAGAGGUCACAUGUCUCAUAAAAGAAAAAGUUCCUUUUAGAAUUGAAUCUUCCGCCAAUAAUUACUACAAGCUUGUAACAGAUGGGGCCUUGGACCGGGAGCAGACCCCGGAGUACAAUGUCACCAUCACAGCCACCGACAGAGGCAAGCCUCUCUCCUCCAGCAGAAGCGUCACCCUGCACAUCAGUGACGUCAACGACAACGCUCCAGUUUUCCACCAGGCCUCCUAUUCUGGCCACCUGGGGCUGCUUUCAGCCUAG